UGGUUACAUUUGACCCAGAGCUCAUUUUUGUACACCAGAUUUACCUGUCUUGUGAGAAUGUUUGACAGUCCUAUGAUGGAGGUAAUUGUUGAUGAUAAAGUAGGAUAUGCCUGGCUUCUCUCUUGUUUACAUUAUUCUUUCUACUGCUUUCCUGCAGGUCAGAGGAAAGUAUCUGACCUUCCUUUUGGGAGCUGCCUCUUUCAUAGUGAUAUUUAUGACAAUGGAUCCUCAUUUCUGUAUGACAACUGUACAACAUGUACCUGCAAGGACUCUACAAUGGUGUGUAAGAAGAAGUGCUCCCACUCUGGUGGCUGUGACAAAGAUGCAGAGGCCUGUUGUGAAGAGUGUCUCCUACAAGUGCCCCCAGAAGACAUCAAAGUGUGCAAGUUUGGUAACAAGAUUUUCCGGGAUGGAGAGAUGUGGUCCUCUGUCAACUGUACCAUCUGUGCUUGUGUGAAAGGCAAGACAGAAUGUCAUAAGAAGCAGUGCAUUCCUAUCAGCAGCUGCCCACACGGUAAAAUUCUCAACAGAAAAGGAUGCUGUCCUAUUUGCACUGAAAAGCCCGGCGUUUGCACAGUAUUUGGAGAUCCCCACUACAACACAUUUGAUGGACGGACAUUUAAUUUUCAGGGGACGUGUCAGUAUGUUUUGACAAAAGACUGCUCCUCCCCUGCCUCGCCCUUUCAGGUGCUGGUGAAGAAUGACGCCCGCAGGACCCGCUCCUUCUCCUGGACCAAGUCUGUGGAGCUGGUGCUGGGUGAGAGCACAGUCAGCCUGCAGCAGCAUCUCACGGUGCGCUGGAAUGGCUCGCGCAUUGCGCUGCCCUGCCAUGCACCCUAUUUCCACAUUGACCUCGAUGGCUACCUCCUGAAAGUGACCACCAAAGCAGGCUUGGAAAUAUCCUGGGAUGGAGACAGUUUUGUGGAGGUCAUGGCUGCUCCUCAUCUCAAGGGCAAGCUCUGUGGUCUUUGUGGCAACUAUAACGGACAUAAACGUGAUGACUUAAUUGGCGGAGAUGGAAACUUCAAGUUUGAUGUGGAUGACUUUGCUGAAUCAUGGAGGGUGGAGUCCAAUGAAUUCUGCAACAGACCACAGAGGAAGCCAGUGCCUGAGCUAUGUCAAGGGACAGUGAAGGUAAAGCUCCGAGCCCAUCGAGAAUGCCAGAAACUCAAAUCUUGGGAGUUCCAGACCUGCCACUCAACAGUGGACUACACUACUUUCUACCGGUCCUGUGUGACAGACAUGUGUGAAUGUCCAGUCCAUAAAAAUUGUUACUGUGAGUCAUUUCUAGCAUAUACCCGUGCCUGCCAGAGAGAAGGCAUCAAGGUGCACUGGGAGCCUCAGCAGCGCUGUGCAGCCACCCAGUGUAAGCAUGGAGCUGUGUAUGACACCUGUGGCCCAGGAUGUGCGAAGACCUGUGACAACUGGAAUGAGAUUGGUCCAUGCAAUAAGCCCUGCAUUGCCGGCUGCCACUGCCCAGCAAACUUGGUCCUUCAUAAGGGAAGAUGCAUUAAGCCAGUUCUUUGUCCUCAGCGAUGACCUUUGUUCCAGUCUGUAGGACUUUGAAAUAUGGUGUCUUUGACACUGAUGUGGAAGAGCCAAUGAAGGACUGCAGUAUUUGUGUGCCUGAUUCUGCAAACACACAGAGUAUAUAUGUGUAUAGAUAUAUAGAUAUAUAGAUAUAUUCAAAACAUUUCAUCAUUUAUAUAAACUAUAGGUGGAUUAUUAUAUGUAUAUUUUUUGCUAUAAGACAUGUAUUAUUUCUAGGAACCUACCCUAAUCUUUAAGCCAUUGGAUACAUUGUAUAAAUACACCAGGUGCUUUUAAUUUAAUAAGGUGGCAUGCAGACCUAUUAAAUAUCUUUAAUGUUGCAUACAUUUGUCAUUUGGGGGAAGUUUCCAAGGACGCCUCAAUUGCCUGCCUGAUUUAAGAUUUGAAUCAGCAUCUGUGAGUGAGAAAUCUGUUUCUUUGGAGAAGGGCACAUUUGUCUAGGGGCAUUUCACAUUUCCAAAGAAAGGAAUGUAUGCCUGAGAGAGAUGGCAGGAGAUUGGCGACAGGCCCUAAUGGUGCAUGCAAACCAAGGGAAACCCUAUUAGGCCUCAUUGGGUCAUAGGCUGAUGUUAUUUCCAAAAACUGGAUAGUUGCCAAGAAAUACAUAUUUGUCACUAGGGUGUUACCAAAGAAUCGAAUGAUUUCUUUGCACUUGUGCAUAGUCCAUAAGCCUCCUCAUUAUUUAUGUGUGUAUGAUGGAUAUGACCAUUUGUAUGUUAUGAGUUGAGAGAUUAAGGGGUGUCUGGAUGGCAUUUUAUUGAGCAUGAGAAGAUAUUUGGAGAAACCAUUGCACAACAUAGGAAGAAAUACUAAUUUCUCUGAGUCUCAGAACAUUUUAGGAUGAGCAAAUCCAAUAAGUAGAUAGAGGUCAUCCACUUUUGUGACUGUCCCAUGUACAACAUGAAAGUUUUGGAUGUUGUGUAGGAUUCCUGUCCAAUGCUCUUUGGAGGUAUGUGAAAGUAUUAGACAGGAAGGAAGAAUUUACUGAUCAGUUCAUUUAGCAUCAUUCCAAAAACUAAUGUUCUAUAUAUUUGUUCUGAUUUACUGAUAUGUUACUACUAGUUACCAUGUGAUUUUCCUGUCUUUUGUCUUCUGUUGAAUAGUGAAAAUGGCAAGAAUAUAAAAACUCAAACCCACUGAUGUCUAAAAGUAAAAUGUUCUGCAUCUUAGAAAAUAAAGGGCUGAAGUUUUAAACUAA